UGUUUCUGCAAAACAUUUCGCCAUUAAAAUUUUCAUCCCCAAAUCCUAAUCCAUUUUUCUCAAUUUUCUUUUUAAAACCCUAACCUGCAUUUAUCCUGAUCCAAAACCUUAAUCACCAUUCUUUGGUCCUCUUUAAUCUCAGUUGAAAAGAGUGACAAAAAGGGAGGGAAAUGGCAACUCCUAUGCCAUCGGGGGUACCAAGGCAACCCCCGCCUCAGACUCACAAUCCAAAUUUCCAGCAAAAACAAGAAUCUUUACCAGAUAAUUUACAGAAGUGGAAUCCAAAUAAGCCAUCUCCGUUGCCCGGUUCAGCCCCAACGCUUCCUCCAUUAGUAAGACCACCACCAAGCUCUUCCACGUCGGCUCCUUCCCAGCCAAAUUCCCGCCCUGGUGCACCACCUCCAUUGGUGGUUCCUGGACCCAAUGUUCCUCCAAAUGUUGGUUCAGUUAGGCCAUUUGGGCCACCAAGUGGACCGCCUUCGCCUUUUCGGUCACCAAGUGGACCGCCUUCGCCUUUUCGGUCACCAAGUGGACCGCCUUCGCCUUUUGGGCCACCAAGUGGACCGCCUUCGCCUUUUCGGCCACCAAGUGGACCGCCUUCGCCUCUUGGGACUAGACCACCUCCAGGGUCUUUACCUUCUUCAAUGGGUGGUGGUCCUGUCAUCAGUCCACGAGGUUCAGGUGCACCUGGACCUGGUGGUCGACCAGGUGCUUUUGGUAGUUCGAUUAGAAACGGUCCACCUGUUGGGGUGCCUCCACCAAUGAUGGUGAGUGGUAGGUCUCCUGGCCCGGCUCCUAGUAUGGGGCCUUUUGUUGGGAGUCCUCAGGCCAGUCAUAAGCCAGGUCCUCCUACGCAAUCUGCUCCGCCUUUUUCAGCACCUCUGGCUGCUCCUUUUGGGACUCAGACAUGGGCACCUGGUCAGGUUGCUCCACCUACAGCAGCACCUAAUGCUGCUGUUCAACCGCCUAGAAUGUUCGGAAUGCCACCACCACAACCAAACCAACCAUUACCUGCCAUUGAUCAAAGUGGUGCUAGCCUGGAAGAUGCACGUAAGAUUAAUUCAAAUCAAAUUCCAAGGCCCACUACAAGUUAUUCUGUAAUUCAGUAUGACACUCGCCAAGGCAAUCAAGCCAAUAUUCCUCCGCCUGCUUCUUGUGAUUACAUUGUCAAGGACACUGGAAACUGCAGCCCACGCUAUAUGAGAUGCACAAUCCAUCAGAUUCCUUGUACUGCAGACCUUUUAACCAAUUGUGGGAUGGAAUUAGCCUUAAUGGUUCAGCCUCUGGCCCCUCUUCACCCAUCUGAAGAGCCCAUUCCGGUUGUGGAUUUUGGUGAAGGUGGUCCAAUUCGAUGCUCCCGUUGCAAAGGCUACAUAAACCCUUUCAUGAGGUUUACUGAUCAUGGCAGGCAGUUCAUCUGCAACUUUUGUGGGUGUGUUGGUUCCACUCCCCAUGAGUAUCAGUGCAAUCUAGGUCCUGAUGGUAGGCGUAGAGAUGCUGAUGAGAGACCUGAGCUAUGUAGGGGCACUGUUGAAUUUGUUGCCACGAAGGAUUAUAUGAUGCGAGAUCCAAUGCCUGCUGUGUAUUUCUUUCUCAUCGAUGUUUCCAUGAAUGCAAUACAGACUGGUGCAACUGCUGCAGCAUGUGCUGCAAUCAGCCAAGUCAUUGCAGACCUUCCAGAAGGUCCUCGGACAAUGUUGGGAAUUGCAACAUUUGACUCAACUGUUCAUUUUUAUAAUUUGAAACGUGUACUGCAUCAGCCACUGAUGCUAAUUGUUCCAGAUGUCCAAGAUGUUUAUAUUCCUCUUGAAACUGAUGUUGUUGUUCAGCUUUCGGAGUGUCGUAAACAUAUACAGCAAUUGCUGGAAAGCAUUCCAACCAUGUUUCAGGACAACAGCACUGCUGAAUCAGCUUUUGUUGCGGCAAUCAAGGCUGCUUUCUUGGCAAUUAAGAGUUCUGGAGGGAAGCUUUUGGUAUUUCAAUCAGUCCUACCAUCAGUUGGCAUGAUUGCACUUUCUGCACGAGAUGCUGAAGGAAGAGAUAAUACUUCUGCAGGAGAAAAGGAGCCUCAUAAACCACUCCAACCAGCAGACAAAGCUUUAAAGACAAUGGCAAUUGAAUUUGCAGAGUGCCAGGUCUGCGUAGAUGUAUUUAUCACUACCCAGACUUACGUAGACAUUGCUUCCAUUUCUGUUAUCCCAGGAACUACAGGUGGGCAGGUUUAUUACUAUUAUCCUUUCUCAUCCAUAUCUGAUCCGGUAAAACUUUACAAUGAUCUUAGAUGGAAUAUUACAAGGCCUCAAGGUUUUGAGGCAGUGAUGCGUGUGAGAUGCAGCCAGGGCAUUGAUGUGAAAGAAUACCAUGGGAACUUUUGCAAACGCAUUCCGACAGAUGUUGACCUACCAGGGAUAGACUCUGACAAAGCUAUAGUGGUAACUUUGAAACAUGAUGAUAAACUGCAGGAUGGAUCAGAGUGUGCUUUUCAGUGUGCUCUUCUUUAUACCACUGUGUAUGGCCAAAGAAGAAUCCGAGUUUCAACUUUGUCUUUGCCAUGCACAAGAAACAUUACUAACUUGUUCCGAGCAACUGACUUAGAUGCACAAUUUGUAUGUUCUUUAAAGCAAGUUGCAAAUGAAAUACCUUUUACUCCACUCUUGCAAAUACGGGAACAAGUGACAAACAUUUGCAUCAAUAAAUUGCUCGCAUACCGUAAAUUUUGCAUCACAGCAACAUCCUCUGGGCAGUUUAUUCUUCCUGAAGCACUAAAGCUGUUGCCUCUAUACACUCUUGCACUAACUAAAAGUACUGGACUGCAAACUGAUGCGAGAAUAGAUGAUCGGUCUUUCUGGAUCAAUUAUGUUUCCCACAUUUCUACUCCUUCAGCAGUUUGUCUAGUGCUCCCUCAGAUGAUUGCAGUUCACAACCUUGAUCUCGAUAAAGAGGAAGAGAAUGGAUCUGCAAUUCCUCCAAUACUUCCUCUUUCCAGUGAAUUUGUGAGUGAGGAGGGCAUUUAUCUUCUUGAAAAUGGUGUUAAUGGCUUAAUAUACAUUGGGAGCUUGGUGGAUUCAAAUAUAGUGCGACAACUAUUUGGCUUUUCUACAGUUGAAGAAACACCUACCCAGUUUGCACUGCAGCAAUAUGAUAAUCCAUUAUCCAAGAAGCUAAAUGAUGUGGUCAACGAAAUAAGGCACCAACGUUGCUCCUAUCUCCGAUGGACUUUGUGCAGAAAAGGAGAUGCAUCAGGAGCAUUGUUCUUCUCGUAUUUGGUUGAAGACGCGACUCCAAAAGACGGUCCUUCAUAUUCUGAGUUUCUAGCACAUCUCCAUCGGAGCAUUCAAGCAAAACUGUCUUAAGAUCUUUCUCUUGUGUUAACAGAAAAAAUCCAAUCGAAGCUGCAGAGGCCAAAGAUGAAACUCAAAAGAUAUUUUUUCCCCUCUGGAAUCCAACACUACAGAUAUUAUACUGAAAGAUAACUGCGACAUUUUUUCUUUAUUUUUUCAUGAGGAAAGGAUUAAUGCUUAGUGGCAGAACCAAUGCCAACUUUUAGUUUUGUUUAUUUUUCUUCAUUUUUACAUUAAUCUUUAUUUUUUUUCAUCAACAUUCUUUUUUUAUGACCUUUUUCUUUAUA